AUGAGUGUGGUUGACCCAGCCUGUGUGAAAGCCAUAAACAAUCUACUGGCAUCCAAAUUGCCAGUGAACCAAAUGGUGGACCAGGUUGUCCACACUCUCAAAAAGCAAGGUUUGGCCUACCACUCUGUGGUCACACCAAGCCAAGUUUUGUGCCACCCCCACAACAGGGCCAACCAAAUGCUUUCAUGGUUGGACAUGUGGGACAAAGGCCAGAAGAUGAUGGCCAUUGGUAUGAAAAGGCAAUUCCUUGGAGAAUCCAUGGCCAUAGAGAUCCCACCAGACCCUGCCAAGAGGUUUGAGCAGCUGAUGGCCAAUGAGAACCUCAUCAAGGAGGCCAAUGGUGCCAUGGCACCCAUGACAGGUUCUGAGCGUUUCCUCAGCUUGUCCACCAGCCACACCACAGCUUUUCUGAGGGCCAUCAACCAUGGUUGCCUGCCAGAUGAGCAGCCUCCCAUGGAAGUGCGCAAAGAUGAUCCAUGCUGGGACCUCAUCCAGAAUGGGUGGUCAUGGCUCAUUUUGAGCCAUUUGGUGGAAGGCCAAUGGCCCAUGCUACCCACCCUGUUGCAAGGGGCCAUGAACUCUGCCAACUCCAUCUCCAAGGCGCCAAAUGAAUUAGAGCUUGCUGCCCAGCUUGGCCACCUGUUCAGCCUCAAUGUACCACUUCAUGAAGCCAAGGAGAAAGUCCAAGCUGCCAAUACUUGCCAGCCUGAAGUUUUGACCUACCUCAGUCAUUUUGUGAAAACAUUUUCAGGUAGGAAUUUCAACAUCCAGCUCCAAGUUGGCCAAGAUGUUUUGGAAGCAAUGUGCUACACCAACUUCAAGGUCACUGGUGAAAUCUUUCCCAUGCUUCGAGUGGCCAUGUGGUGCACCAUGUUGGGGACAAACAAGCACCAGGACAACAUCCAAAGGAUUCUCACCAAAGCCGAUCUGGACAAGCUGAAGACUGCCAAUGCCAAAGAGAAGGUCAUCACAGCAGAACACCAGCUCCAAGGUGCUUGGCCCAUUGUUGCCAAGAGUACUGUGGAGGACCAGACCCACAGCUAUAAAUGCUUUGGCAGACUGUGCACCAGGACCACCCUGUUUUUUGGUUGGCAAACAAAAGCACAGCAGGGAAUCCAAGUCCUAUGA